AUGAAGUUCUCCUUCAGCGCCGUUCUCGCCUUCGCGACCACCGUGUUCGCCGUGAAGUUCACCAACUCUAACUUCGACAUUGAGGAGGGUGAACCGUUCACCCUCACGUGGGAUGAAGCCCAAGGGCCCGUCACCAUCACCGUCGUGCAGGGCCCGAGGGACAACCUGAAGCCGGUCACCGUCAUUACCUCUACUGGGAGCGACGGCGAGUUUACCUGGACCCCCACGGACCUGCCCUCGGGCCAGUAUGCCUUCGAGAUUAUCGAUGACACCAUGGUGAAGAACUGGAGCGUUCAGUUCACCUACACCGGCACCGGCUCCGUCACUAGCGUCGAGACGCCCACCUCGACCGCCGAAUCCAGCACCAGCACCGAGGUUUCCAGCACGACUAGCAGCAGCAGCGAGACCGAGACUACCGAGUCCUCCACCUCCACCACCGAGACCGAGGCUAGCAGCACCACCACCUUCACCACCUCCACGACCGAGGACGCCGAGACCACCACCAGCGCGACCACCUCCCCCACCGGCUCCCCGCCGGACCUGAACAACGGCCAGCGCUUCGCGUCGCCCCUGGGCUUCGUCCUGGUCACCGUGGCCGCCCUCGUCUUCUUCAACUAA